AUGGCCCUCCCAAUGGCACCUCUCCCCAAGGGGCCCCUCGGCCGCUACCGCCUGCUGUCCCCCACGGCAUCGGUCCGUGUCAGCCCGCUUUGUCUGGGGUCAAUGAAUUUUGGCGAUGCUUGGAAAGAUUAUAUGGGAGAGUGUAAUCAAGAGACCACGGAGAGUAUCUUGGACUUUUAUUACGAGAACGGAGUCAUCGCCACCAAAUUCACCACCAACUUCAGAGCCGGCUAUGGUGAAACAGAGAUCAUGGCCAACUUCGGAGGCAACGGCACCAAGAGCAUGCGGACCUCAGUUGAGGCCAGCUUGAGGAAGCUCCAGACGGACUACAUCGACCUCCUCUACGUCCACUGGUGGGACUUUACCGUCUCCAUUCCCGAGCUGAUGCAGUCCCUCAACCAGCUCGUCACCAGCGGCAAGGUUCUCUACUUGGGUGUUAGCGACACCCCGGCCUGGGUGGUCAGCAAAGCCAACCAGUACGCGCGCGACCAUGGACUGCGUCAGUUUUGCGUGUACCAAGGCCGGUGGUCCGCCGCUUCGCGCGACUUUGAGCGGGACAUCAUCCCCAUGUGCCGGGACGAAGGCAUGGGGCUGGCGCCCUGGGGCGCCCUCGGCGGUGGCAGCUUCAAGUCGGAGGAGCAGCGCCAACAGCAGGCCAACGAGGGCCGCAAGAUCAAGGCGACCGAGGAGCAGAUCAAGAUCAGCCGGGCGCUGGAGAAGAUUGCGCAGCGUAAGAACACGGCCAUCACAUCUCACUUGAAGGGUAAUGUUGAGGCGCUCAAGUUGGCGCUGUCUGAUCAGGAUAUCGAGGAGAUCGAGGGCGCGGUUCCGUUCGAUAUCGGUUUCCCUAACUCGUUCCUUUAUGGCGAGAAGGCGCCUGCCCACCCCAGCCAGGUCUGGUUGAUGGGUAUGGCGGGUACAUAUGAUUAUGUCCCGGUGCCGAAGCCUAUCGUGCCGACGGCAGAAAAUGGUCAGUAG